GAUUUCCAAAACUCAAAACUGGUGGAGGUCGUGGAUUUGUCAGAGGCACGCACUCACAGACAGACACACACACGCAAAAGACAGAGCAUGGCUUCAUUGAGACGUGCUUUCACGUCGUUUCUCAUCCAGGACAUCUUGUCGCUUCAGGAAACUUCACCAGGCAGCUUUCCCAGGGGAUUCCGUGGGAGCAGGGAGGAGGCAGGACAGCCCAACGCGGAGCCCCGCUCCCACAGCGGCCUGGAGCUGGCAUUCACAGGUCAGGCUCUGGGGAGCUCAGAUUCCACGCAGUUGAUCAGUGCCAGCCAUGAGAGGACCAUGGUCACACCCAGGGCUCUGAGAAGCCCCAGGAAGAAGCGUUCCCGAGCUGCUUUCUCACAUUCCCAGGUGCUGGAAUUGGAAAGAAGGUUCGACUCUCAGAGGUACCUGUCAGCCCCAGAGAGGGCUGACCUGGCCGCUGCCCUGAAGCUAACAGAGACCCAGGUGAAAAUCUGGUUCCAGAACCGCAGGUACAAGACCAAAAGGAAGAUGCUGGCUGCCAGGCAGAACUGUGGCGUGGUGAAGGAGCCGGCAGCGCCCAGAGAAGGGAGCUCCGACGUACCCAUACUGCCUCCAUACCCAAGCUACCGCUAUUACCCUUACUUCUACUGCCUCGCAUCUGUGCCAGCAACUGUCUGUUGACUUCAUGAUGGCCAUUAGCCUGAAGGGACUCUGCACUUUAUUUAUUUCAUCAGCGGUGGCUGCAUUCGGUUGUUUUUCACUUCGCAAGUAAAUGGCUGCAAAAUUCCACCAGCCUGGGUCCAUUUCUCCCAUUUCUUUUGACAUCAAGAUGAAUAAAACUGACAGGCAAUA